AUGCAUUUCCAGGAACUAAAGAAAAUAAUAAUAAUAAAAGCUCCACCGUGUUAUUCCUAUUUAUUGAAUCCUUUCCUCCAAUAUGCCAGUGACAUUUUGUGUGGGGAGCUGCAGAUGUGUACGAGUAUGAACACUUCUUUUAUUCAGGUUCUUUUUCUCCCUUUUUGUGCUUAUAUUCUAUUUUCUUUUGGUGUUGUUGCCGUUCUUUCCCAUACAUGGGUGGGGAUAUUUAUUGUUAGUGUAUGCGCAAUGUGUAUUUUUUUCUCUGUUUUCAUUUCAGAUAGUUGUUGUCUUCUUUUUUCUUUUUGCAAUUCUGGUUCUUUUCCUUCUUCCCCAGGGAAAAGGGAGAGAAAAACAUCAUUUAUCAAACACAAUAUGAGAUGCGAAAAGGCGCCGGCCCUGCAAAGGGCUUGUCACCAGCCUCAUUUUCGACAUCUUUUUCAUUUUUUUUUUUUUUGCAUUAUGUUCUGCUUUUACUUCUCCCUGAAGAAUCGUUCUCCGGGUACGCGUCGCGUCCGGCUCUACAACCAAAGGAGGAAGUAA